UUAAUCCAUUACUAUUACUAUAUUCUUCCGUCAUUUAUUUAUUACUUGAUAAAUAUCCUAAUAAAGAAUCAAUACUACGACGUUAAGUCUCAAGAUCGGUUUAUAACCUUAUUAGGUUACCAUGUGAAUUAGGGUGCUUUCACUUAACGCCUGUUUUCCCGUAUUUCUACCCCACAACGCGUCACUUAUCGUCUUUCCAAGGGUAGGGGUUUUCGUGGCACUAUCAAAUACCUUGCAAAGAUGUCUCUCCAACCAGACGACGAACCUCUCGAAGAUCAGCUGUCCGUGCCAUUGAGCCAAGCAUCCCAGCUCCUAACUUCGUUCACGCAAUUCCUCACAAUCUGCAUUCACAAUAUCCUCUAUUAUCGCUCCAUCUAUCCGGCAGAGACGUUUCUCACUAGCCGGGCAUAUAAUCUACCAGUGCACCAGUCCAGACAUCCGAAAGUAUGUUCGUGGAUCCGCGAUGCUGUUGAUGCCGUCAAGGCCCAACUCGUACUUGGUGUUGUAGAGCGUAUCGCUGUUGUUAUCUAUGACGGACAGGCAAGAGUGAUGGAACGAUGGAUGUUUGACGUCGCUCACUUCCCCGCUUGGAAAGGCUUCAAGGACGUCAGAAGCGUAAGGACAGACGAAGAAGAUGAGCUAGACGAAGAAAUAAUCGGCAACAUCGAGACCAAUAUGGAGGGGAAAGUAAAUUGGACUGAUGUAGAUGAGCAGUUACGUGCUACCAUCAGAAAGUUGGCUUACGCCGCUGAAAAGCUGAAAUCACUUCCUAAUAGCUGCACCUUCACCAUUGCGGUAGAACUGCGAGAUGAGGGUGAAGCUCCAAUCGGGCAUCCUCAACCAUGGAUACCUACACAGUCAAACCUACAAACCAAGUCCAAGGAUAGAGAAAAGGCUGGUCAAGAUGUUGGAGGAGCUAAGACAACUCCUCUCCGAGCUGUCGAAGCUGGCCCCCUAUUCUUCGAAUGUUGGGUGGAAGAGGGUGAUGCUAAAGAACAACGAUCAUCCAAUACAUCCAGUGAAUAAGACACAUAUCUAUAAUAAGGGUCAAUAGUGCAUGCCAAUUUCGAAAUCGCUGCGAUCUUAGUAAACCAUAGGCAGUGUGAUCCUAUAGCCAUAUCAUGGGCAAGUCAUAAUGAC